UGGGUCUGCACACAACAACAUAUUUACUAACACAUACAUACUGUGCAUUUCGUACCUGAGCUUUAUUUUGUACUACACUAAUGGAUGUGCUUGUUAGUACCUUAGCCUGGGUCAGAGCCGCCUUUUUCACCUUCAGCUGAGACUGCAGCAGCUUAAAGUUUUUGGACCAUCCUUCGGUUUUGGUGUCACUUGCACCCACGCCGAGGUCAUCGUACAGCGACAUUGCUGUUACCUGCAAAGAGACGCUCUAUUUCAGACAGCCAUUUUCUCACUAUGGAGCGCAUGCAUUAUUACACAGGUGGUCGCCGGUUUGUAACGAGGUGAUGAUCCGAUGAGGCUCAGUGUUGUUUCCACGCCAUUUGUGACAUUCAAAGUGAUUUUUAAACCGUACGGCCCACGAGCAAUAUGCUAAUAGCUAUCGUGAGCUAGUCUGUUACAGUGGCGUUCCCCUGCCGUGUCGCGAGUAUAAUAUCAAAAUAGAGCACAGUACGAGAAUGUUCAACCUACCAACUUUAGAAAUGCGCUGAUAUUAAGUGGAUGAAAGUGUUUCUUUUAGCGGCACAUUGAACAAAAAGCCAUGUCCUGGCUUGACGGAAGCACAAACCGAGAGCGAGUGUUGACGUUUACGUGUUGCGCCGCCUAGCGGCCGGAUGACCCCAUUUUCGCCACGACGUUCUUGGCAAUAUGUUGCCAAAUCGUCUCUUUGCUCAAUUGUAAUAUCACUACUACGUUUGAUCUCAUGGCUUGUUGUUUUUGUACGUGUUUUUGUGAAACCGCAAACGACAGUUGGCGACGUAUGACUGUAGAACUACAAAGAUGGCAGAACACGAUCAGCUGCUGUCAGAACAGGUCGGAGGAUCUGCGCGGUUGUGGUGGAGCUGUCAGAUGGCUUUGGGCUCACGUUUGCUUGACGUUUGCGUCACGAUGGCGUGCGUGCUCGGCACGGCGCGCUGCUCCGACGGCGACCAAAGCGAGUGUCCCUGCUCGGGAAUCCCGCCCUGGCCUCUGACUGAACCUCCGCCGGAAGACUGCCACCAGCUCAACAGGACUUUCCGCUACACCUGCCUCAAAGGCUACCUGAGGACGGCAGGCACGUCCAAUCUCAUCAAAUGCAAACCCGGCAGUUCCCGAUGGUCCAAUCCCACCCUCAUAUGUAAACUGGACCCCAGAGGAGUCGCCCCUCACUCACCCAACAGCACAGAUGCAGUUGAGCAUAUGAUGGAGUUUGAGAGCGACUCCCCAAAGAUAGGUGUGCCGAGCUUGCAGCAGCAUGAUGAAACAAGACUUGAAACUGAAAAUCCUGCCAAAGAUGCUGUCACCGGGACCGUGGAGACACACACAACUAGGUUGGAGACUACAUAUUUAUUGAUAAAUGGAAUCAGCGACAAUGCUUCUCCUUUCAAAAACAGCUCCUACAUGGGUGGACCUGGCACGCCCACAAUCGCAGUCGUCAGCAGCGUCUUGGUCGCCAGCGUGGCUCUCAUCGGAAUUGGCCUCAUCCUUCACAAAAUGAGGAGAAGAGCGGAAAGCAUCAAUCCAACGCAGACAGCAGCAGAGGGAAUACCUCUGAAUGAAGCUACGUCGUAGUAUUGGGAAGCAGAACUGGGGCUGCAUUUGGGCGGUCCCUCGCCCAAAGACAGCUGAGAUAGGCUCCUGCACGCCCGCGAUCCGAGCUAGGAUAAGCGGAACGCAAGAUGAAUGAAUGAUUAAGGGUCACAAAUUGUUGUCAGGUGAGUACAUACUACUAGUGUGUUCUCUGCUGAUCAUUUGUAAGAAAAUCUCAAUUUAAUCCUUAGCACGUCCCUCCAACUUCUCAUGGUCCUAGAAAUUGAAGAGAGGGUAGGGGGGGAGGGAAGUGUGAUUGACAACAGCCAGAUCCACAUACAGAUAUAUUUUUCCUAAUACACAAUAUUAGUUGGUAUUUUAACAUAAUUUUCUCCUUCAAAAACUUGAACAGAGGGCAUUAACUUAACCGGUCUGGUUGUCUCAUCAUGCCCCAUGGGCAUCUGCCCUACAAUAAUGUAAUUCACACUGUGUUUUGUUGUUUUUCAUAUUGUGUGUUACACUGCAAUUCAUCAUUUGUCCUGAAGGUAGCUGCAAAGAAACCCCUCCAAUAGUUGGUCACCGCAAAGAAUGUGGAUGUUACUUCAAUACUGAACCAAACACCUAAAAACCACACAGACGAUGCAUAGCAAUAACAUAUGUGAUCAGUUUAGCUACAUGAUGAAAUGACUUCAGACAUGACAUGACAUUUGACAUAGUACUGCGUUAUAAGCAACUGUAACUUUACAAAUUAACGAAGAUCAGCUACGGUAUAUGAUUGUCAAUUGGAGUGUUCCUAGGCACAUAUAUAUUUUUUUAUACGGCUGUUUGAACCAUUUUGUCGAUGACAACAAUUUGUAUUUUGAUUGUGGUUUGCAGUGCUUGCACAACAGCGCUGUUUUGUUAAGCCGGAUCCCUUUCAGCAUGCUUGUAAUUUUCGUAAGUUGAUGUUCUACACCAGUGCAAACUACAACCAUCAUAAACUUGGAUGAAAUUAUCCUGGAAUUUCAGCGUUGUUAUCUUUGUAUCGGUGUCAAUCUUUCCUGUCCAGAUGUUAUCUUAUGAUGGAUGAUCACGUUCCAGUGGAAUGCAUUAUAACCAAAACAAGUGCUGCAAUACAUCAAGAUAGCUUCCCUCUCUAGAUCCAUUUUUCAUUCUGUAUGGGCAAUUAAAUGUUGCGAUGAGAGCAGCUGCAUUCUGUCAAAAUGUGCCAUGUAAUAAAUAGGACUGUACUGGGAAGUAUUUACAUCGAUUUUAUCCUCUACUGCUCUGUAAUUGCACAAAGCCCUGAACUACCCAUUGGCUAUAUGGAAAUAACCAUAACACCCCAGAAGUAUUCUAAGAGAUAUAAUAAACAUCGAUUUUUAUCGUGUACAGUGUACAAUUUUGAAGUAGAAAAGAAGUCCAUUUUUGACAGUCUCCAAUCCUGUACACCGCCAUCAACAUGAAUUACAAACCGCCCACUUCACAUUAUUCAUUAGAUAAAUGCAACCUAAUGGUGACCAUUAGGCUCACUUAAUGAAGUGACCAUUUUUUUCCAGCUUUAGUUAAAAUGUUCGUGUACCUAAUAAAGUGGCCACUGGGGACCGAUGAGGACGAAG